GGUCCUAACAAAAUAAUGGUGAAUGACUUCGUGCGGAUGUUGUGGGAGCACAAGGUUGACAAGGUUGUCAUGCUCACUAAUCUGAUUGAAGAAAACAAGGUCUGCUUACCCGUUGUUACAUUUUCUUUAAUUUUGUUGCAUGUUGUAAGAAUGAUAUUUCUUUUUAUGUUCAUGUGCAUGUCAUAUAGAAAUGUGUGUCGAAAUUUGAAGUUCGUAUGUUGAUUCAUUGUUACCUAUUUUUGUUACUAAAAGUUAGUUCGAAAUACUGGAAAAUCAAAAGGAAGUAUCGUAAGGGUCAUAUUGAAAUGCAUCUUUGAAUUCAAAUAAAAUGAAACAUAAUUUAUUGUAAUUGAUUAAUCAUUCAACGAUCAUCUCUAAUUAAUCCUCAUAAUACUUAGCGUGUUUUUUAGUAUCUUUCUUUUUACAAUGUUUGAUAAUCUACCGUUGUUUUCAAGAUUAAAUGUGAGAGGUACUGGCCUGUAGACGGUAAAGCUAAAUUUGGAAAUAUUACAGUAAUCUUGUCAACAACAGAAGUGUUUGCUCACUACACUAUUCGACGGCUGGAGUUA